AGCCAGAGAAGAAACUCGAGGGACAGCAAAGAGGGGCGCAUGUGUGACUUUACUGAACGUCGUUAUGGCCAAAAAGUGGCCAAGGAGAGACUUCACUGUGAGCGCUCUUACACGGCCAGGGACGCGGCCUCCCGUGUCUUUAUGAGGUGGGACGGCAGUCUCCACUCGGGCGCACAGUUGUGAAACAUUAUGAAGGCAUCUGAGAGUCCCAGUGCGCCGCGGUGACAGCAAUGGAUCACUUUUUUCGGAGAAAGCGGGUCCCCGCUUUGCUGAAGCCCCUUCUGAGUCUGUCUCUGGUCUUUGCGUCUUUUCUCAUGAUCCAAAAGUUGAAACUGUCAGAGAAAGACGCAGCGGGGGUUAAACAUGUGAAGGAUGCGGCCUGGUGCGAAUUGGGAUGUUUUUCAUUCAAGAAGACAGUCGUAACUAGUUCGGGGAGCUCAGACUCUCCUGUGCCUGUUAAGGAUUUGGACUCGCAGCGGGUCCCGAAUGUAACUCUGGCAUCUUGGGAUGCGCAGGUUCUCAACUGUAGCGAGGACGCAUCGGUGAAGACCCAGGACUGGUUCCGGCGCUUGGACCCGAGAUUCCACCAGUUUGUUCUUCACAGACACUGCAGGUAUUUUCCCAUGCUCAUCAAUCACCCGGAGACAUGCGCGGAUGGAGAGGUUCACCUCCUCAUGGUGGUCAAAUCCGUUAUCGAGCAACACGACCGGAGGGAGGCCGUGCGUAAAACCUGGGGCAAGGAGCAAACUGUGGAUGGGAAGAAAAUUAAAACUUUAUUUCUAUUAGGAAGGCCAAACAUCGGCAAAGACACCAAGAAUCUACAGAAACUGAUCGAGUUUGAGGACCAAAUCUUCGGCGACAUCCUGCAGUGGGACUUCAUGGACACCUUCUUCAACCUGACUCUAAAAGAGGUAAAUUUCCUCAAAUGGUUCCACAUCUAUUGCCCCAACGUGCAGUUUAUAUUUAAGGGAGAUGAUGAUGUGUUUGUGAACACACACAACUUGCUGGAACUCAUCGGCUUCAAAGUGGAGGGGCGCAAAGAGGCCCACUUAUUUGUGGGGGACACCAUCUCCAAGGCGAUCCCCAUCCGAAACCGACAGAGUAAAUAUUACAUCCCUAAAGAGCUGUACGACGAGCCAUACCCACCCUAUGUGGGAGGUGGGGGGUUUCUGAUGUCCGCCCAGUUAGCCCGGAGGCUCUUCGUGGCUUCAGAGGACGUGGAGUUAUACCCCAUUGACGAUGUGUUUUUGGGGAUGUGCUUGCAGAAACUCCACUUGUCCCCAGAAAUGCAUCCGGGCUUCAGGACAUUCGGCAUCACCAGACGCAGGUCGAGCCCCAUGAAUAGAGAGCCCUGCUUUUAUAAACAUUUAAUCGUUGUACACAAACUGAGCGCGCAGGAGCUGCUCAGGAUGUGGAGCGUAGCGCACAGCGAAGACCUGGUCUGCGCGCUGAAGACCUCGAUAUGACUGACAGAAUGUAUAAAGCAAAGAAAUUCACCAGAUCUGAACUCACGGGUUGAACGCGGGAAUUCUUCUUUCGCCGUUCAUACCAGAUGAUAUUUACGCAAUCUGCCGAGUCACGUUAGUUUAAUAUUUUACGCAGUGGUUUGGCAUUUUAAUUAUUUUUAAUUUAACACUGUGUCAGAAUAAAACGGUCGCUUUCUUUUCAGUUGACUCCACAGGUUGGAAUUCUUCUCCACUACUGUACGUCUUGAUUUUUCUAUUUUGUAAAACCACUAUAACACUGCGCGCAUUGUGAAAGCACGCACAUUCCCCAUGUUCCUGUGCCAUUCCUGAUUGUACUGCCUUAAUCUGAAUUGAAAGAUUUACAGCUGUAAGAAAUCCCCCCCCCGGGGGUGUGGGGUGUGGGGUGUUGUACAGGCAUGAAAAAGACUUGACUUGUUACAUCCAAGUGUUUCUCUUAAGCCUCAUUUUCUGAUUUCAGGAUUUGACUACAAACAACAAACGGCUGCAUUCAUAGUUGACUGAUUACUUUGCAGAGAAAUUGUAAACAAAUCUAAUUAUGGGUAUUUUAAAGAUAAUAUAUUGAUUCAUUUUACCUUGUGUUUUGUAAGAUUUACAGAGGCAGGCCUGGAACCAAAGAAACCACAUGUGUGUACACUAAAUUCAUG